AUGCCGACCACACUCGCCAAACAGCGGAAGAUUGCCAUAGUGGGCAGCCGCUCAGUCGGCAAGUCCUCGUUGGCAGUCCGCUACGUUGACGGGCACUUUGUCGAGAGCUACUACCCGACCAUCGAGAACACCUUUAGCAAGGAGAUCCGCUACAAGGGCCAGGAGUUCGCGACCGAGAUUGUCGACACGGCCGGGCAGGACGAGUACAGCAUUCUCAACUCGAAGCACUUUAUCGGCAUUCACGGGUACAUGCUGGUCUACAGCGUCUCGUCGCUGCAGUCCUUUGAGAUGGUGCAAGUGAUCCGAGACAAGAUUCUGAACCACCUGGGCACCGAAACCGUCCCCAUCUGCAUCGUCGGCAACAAGUGCGACCUGCGCCCGGAGCAGCGCCAGGUGACGGCCGAGGAGGGCAAGGCGCUGGCGGACAAGCACGGGUGCGCGUGGACCGAGGCCAGCGCGCGCUACAACGAGAACGUGGCCAAGUCGUUCGAGCUGCUGAUCGGCGAGGUGGAGAAGUCGGUGAACCCCGGUGAGCCGUCCGGUGGGGGGAAGUGCGUUGUUAUGUGA